UAACAGGAAUUUGGACAGUCGGUAAUAAUAUGAACCAUGUUCGAACUUUCCAUACAGCAACCGAGUUAGAAAAUGGAGAUGUGUUAGUUGCUGGCGGGUCUGAAGGUGAUAAAAGUGCAGAACUGUAUGUUUCACCGAAAAAAACUUUAGCAACUAUCAAUAAAAUAAAUAAUCUAUCGAAUGGUUACAAAGUACCGGUGACAAAAAAGGUGUUAAAUAAGGAUGGGCACAAUAAUACUAUUGGGAACAGCAAAUAUUCAUAA